CCUCAACGCAAGCAGUUUCUCGGUUCACUUUCAGAGAAUAUCAACAUGGUUGCAGGAAUUCUUGUGUCUCUGGCCGCGCUGGCCACAUUGGCAGCCAGCGUUCCUGUUGAGGAACGACAGGCUUGCUCAGGCGUUUGGGGUCAAUGUGGUGGUCAGAACUGGGCUGGACCAUUUUGUUGUGUUUCCGGAAGUACAUGCGUUUUUUCAAACGACUAUUACUCUCAGUGCCUUCCAGGCGCCGCAAGCUCAAGCUCUUCUACUCGCGCAUCUUCAACAACUUCUCGUGCGUCGUCAACCUCGACCAGAUCAAGCACCACGACGCCCCCGCCUGGUUCUAGCACUACAUCAGCACCGCCAGUGGGAUCAGGAACAGUAACUUGGCAGGGCAACCCCUUUUCGGGAGUUACACCUUGGGCCAAUGCCUAUUAUGCGUCCGAAGUCAGCACCUUGGCCAUUCCGAGUUUGACUGGAGCUAUGGCUACUGCUGCGGCAGCCGUAGCAAAGGUGCCGUCUUUUAUGUGGCUCGAUACCCUGGACAAAACCCCCUUGAUGAGCCAGACAUUGUCGGACAUUCGUGCCGCAAACAAGAAUGGAGGUAAUUAUGCUGGACAAUUCGUUGUCUACGACCUGCCAGAUCGCGACUGUGCUGCCCUCGCCUCUAACGGCGAGUAUACCAUCGCGGAUGGCGGCGUGGCCAAGUACAAAAAUUACAUCGAUACCAUCCGCGGAAUCGUCACAACCUUUUCUGACAUUCGCAUCCUCUUGGUUAUAGAGCCCGACUCUCUCGCGAAUUUGGUUACUAAUCUCGGCACUCCGAAGUGUGCGAACGCCCAAUCUGCGUACCUAGAUUGUAUCAAUUACGCUAUCACGCGUCUAAACCUCCCAAAUGUUGCGAUGUACUUGGAUGCUGGCCAUGCCGGAUGGCUUGGUUGGCCAGCGAAUCAAGACCCAGCAGCUCAAUUGUUCGCAAACGUGUACAAGAAUGCAUCAUCUCCUCAAGCUGUUCGUGGGCUGGCAACAAACGUCGCUAACUACAAUGCGUGGAAUAUUACCUCCCCUCCUCCAUACACUCAACAAAACUCCGUUUACAAUGAAAAAUUGUACAUUCAUGCCAUAGGGCCUCUUCUUGCCAAUCAUGGUUGGUCAAACGCCUUCUUCAUCACUGACCAGGGUCGGUCUGGUAAGCAGCCAACUGGCCAGCUCGAGUGGGGUAACUGGUGCAAUGUUAUCGGUACUGGAUUUGGUAUCCGUCCGUCUGCAAAUACUGGAGACUCGUUGCUAGAUGCCUUUGUCUGGGUUAAACCAGGUGGUGAGUGUGAUGGUACCAGCAACAGCAGCGCACCUCGAUUUGAUUCACACUGUGCUUCUCCUGAUGCUUUGCAACCUGCACCUCAAGCUGGUUCUUGGUUCCAAGCAUAUUUUGUGCAACUUCUCACUAACGCGAACCCGUCAUUCCUAUAAGUCUAUUUGCAUUGGCACAUUCCAAAACGAAUCAAUACAAAUGAUUGAGUCUUCCGUUUGAUGGAUCUGUAUAUACUUGAAGCACUGGUAGCAGUUAGUUAGAUCGGAAAAUAAGAAAUGGAUGGCGUCUCU